AUGGAACUGAAAGGAAAAAAUGUUAUUUACGUUGGCGGAUACGGUGGUAUUGGCAAAAGCUGCGUCGAGGCUUUUUUGAAAAAGUCCGUAAAAAGUCUCCUCAUUUUUGAUUUGAUGUCGAACGACGAGUUUCUGAAAUAUUUACAAAAUACCUACAAAAACUCAUUCAUUGAUUACAUCCAUUUGGAUCUGGCAAAGAGUGAGACCAUCAAGGACGCGUUUAAAAAGGCGAAGGAUUUAAUCGGUUCGUUCGAUAUCGUGAUAAAUGGAUCUGGCGUUGCUGUGGAAGACCACAUCGACCUAUUGGUGCAAAUUAAUUUGGCUGGGCCUAUGCAUUGCUCUGCUAUAGCCAUGGACUACAUGAGUAAGGCCAAUGGUGGCAACGGCGGUUGCAUUGUUAACAUAUCGUCCACAGUUGGUCUAAAUCCCACCGAUUUUUGCUGCUUCUAUGGUGCAACAAAGAGUGGUGUAAUUCAUUUCACCACAGCCUUGGCGCAACCCAUGUAUUUCGAUAAAACCGGCGUAAGUUUUAUUACCGUUUGCCCAGGCGUUACCAAAACACCAAUGAAUGUGAUUGUUGAGAAGAAAUCCUUCGCGAAUAAGUUCCGCUCAACCGAAGGGAACAUGUAUGAGAACGUGAUUGAGCAAACUUCAGAUGCAUUGGCCGAUAAUCUGAUGACAAUUGUCGAAAAUGGACCGAAUGGUUCAGUGUGGGUGAUACACGACAGUCAAAGUUUUAAAGUCGAAUUACCGGAAAUAUGGGGACCAACCCUAAGAUAUAAAACAGACAACUAA